AUUGCGACUCCCACUCCGCUCCUGACUUUCACUUUGACAUAACUUUUCCGACAAUUUUGUGCAUUUUCAUCAUCUUCAGGCAGAAUUUGUGCAUUCCCUGGAUAAGAUAUCCUCCUUUUGGUGAACACACGUGAAAUUCCACUGCACAAUGAACUGGUUCCAAGGAAGUAUCGCCGAAGCAGUGACGCUGUCGAAGAGAAAGAAUGCGGUUUUCGUGGUCUUCGUUGCAGGAACUGAUGAGUCGUCGACUAAUUUGGGGCGUCUGAUUGACAGUGAUCUCAUCCGGAAGCACUUGGAGAGUGAGAAAUUCGUGGCAAUUCGCAUUGACAGCGGAUCCGAAGCUUACAUGCAAUUUGCUCAGAUCUAUCAAUUGGUUCCCCUGCCGUCGGUUUUCUUCAUCGGGCAGAAUGGAACUCCCGUGGAUAUUGUCACAAGUCUCACGACAACUGUUGAAGAUCUGGAACAGAAGAUUCUUGGUGUUCUUAGUCGUCUUUCGCUGUCCACUCCGUCCUCAUCGGCAGGUGAAGAAGUCAAACCUGCCGUUAAGGAAGACAAACCUGUGCCUGUCUCUCAAGGGGCCUCUUCGAGUGGAGCCGCUGAGAAGACUGCGGUGAAGGAGGAGAAAGUCACUGAGGAGUGUGCCGGAGGAGUUUGUCGUCGUGUGGAGACUGAGAAUCCGCCCAAGCCUGAGGCGAGGCCUGAGAUGAGUGCCGAAGAGAAGCUCAAUCGGGCGAAGGAGAUGCUCGAGAAGAAGCGCAAAGAGAAGGAAGCCGAGGAGGCGCGAGCAGAGCGAGAGAAGGAGAUCCAGCGACGUCGUCAGGGUCAGGAUGUGGCGUCGCUGAAGAAGUGGCAGGAGGAGCAGGAGAUCAAGCAACUGCGGGAGGAUCGCAUGAAGGAGAAGAAAGAGGCUGCCGAGGCGAGGAAGAAGAUACUCGAGCAGAUUGAGCAGGACAAGCUGGAGAGGGCUCAGCGCUUCGCCCCAGUGGUGCCCAAGAGUCCUCCUUUGGCGCCCAUGGAGGAGCACAACUACGCGGCGGCGGACAACAGUGACACAUCGCGCAUUCAGUUCAAGACACCGUCCGGAGGAACUGAGAUACACGUGUUCGCCAGCACCGAUCAGUUCGCCACAGUUCACAGCUUCGUCCAGACGGAGUUGCUCUCUGGAUCGGGCAUCACGGACUUCGCUCUGGCCACGACAUUCCCUCGCAAGGAGUUCAGCCAGGAGCACUACUCGCAGACGCUGUCUGAGCUCCGUCUGACGCCCACAGCUGUACUCCUGAUUUUGCCGCGGGGGCGCGGCGUGUCCGGUGGCGGCGUGGGAUCCACUCAAGUGGCCACGACGUCGGCCGGUAGAACGGCCAUUCACUUCUUCACAUCCCUGUUCUGGAGCUUCUUCACACCGGUGAUGUCUGUGCUAUCUUACAUGAGAAACUGGGUUUUCCCGCGACAGGAUCAGGGCCAACAGAAGCGCGCCGCCGAGGAUCAAAUCUCAGAUCAUGACGCCAGGGCCAAGAGGAGAAAUCUGGAGUUUCCCGGGGAUUCGAGGGACGGUCAACAGCCGUCGACGUCAAAGUCCGCUGAGGCUGCGUACAGGAGAUUGGGAAGCUCAAACAUCCAUCGGCUGCACGACAAGAAGGAUUCUGACGAUGAGAACAACACGUGGAAUGGCAAUUCGACUCAGCAGAUGUAAGAAGAGAGUUGAUCCUUUUUGUGCUGUAGAUAAAUGAUCCCAAGAACCAAAUGAAAGGGUCUCGGCGGUAAUGAUGGAAUGCGGAGAAUUGUUUGAUUUAAAAUCCUUUACGAACCUUUUGCAAUUCCUAUAUUGAACAUAGAUAGAGAUACAUUAUAAUAUAUUUACCUUUUCAUACUUGUAAAUUGGUGCAGAAUAACAAUUAAAAAAUCUUU